UCUCUCCUUCAUCAAAUUGGACUUCCCUCGCCGACAUCGUUUAACUGCGAUGGUUCCUUCACCGUCGAAUCCGCAGCAAUUCCAGCAAUUCCUCUCUUCCGUGCUCUCUCAGCGCGGUCCUUCCUCCGUUCCCUACGACGAGUCCACCAAGUGGCUGAUCCGCCAACAUCUCCUUAACCUAAUAUCUGCUUACCCUUCCUUAGAGCCCAAAACUGCUUCGUUUACGCACAACGAUGGCCGCUCAGUCAAUCUCCUUCAAGCAGAUGGGACGAUCCCGAUGCCUUUUCAUGGAGUCACCUACAACAUCCCUGUAAUCAUCUGGCUACUCGAGUCUUACCCUCGUCAUCCUCCUUGCGUCUAUGUUAAUCCAACUGCUGAUAUGAUCAUCAAGCGACCUCACGCUCAUGUCACUCCUUCUGGUCUCGUCUCUCUCCCUUAUCUCCAGAAUUGGGUUUUCCCUAGCUCCAAUCUCGUAGAUCUGGUCUCCGAUCUCAGCGCCGCAUUUGCUCGUGAUCCGCCUCUCUACUCGCGACGCCGUCCUCAACCGCCGCCUUCACCGACUCCGCCUUCGUACGAUUCGCCACUGACGCGGCCUCCUCCGGCUGAUCAGUCAUUGUCCAGACCGUUCCCGCCGUCUCCCUACGGCGGAGGAGGAAGGGUGCAGGUGCAGCACGUUCACCACCAGCAGCAAUCAGAUGAUGCGGCGGAGGUUUACAAGAAGAACGCGAUCAAUAAGAUGGUGGAGAUGGUUCACGGCGAUCUUGUUUCAAUGAGGAGAGCUAGAGAAGCUGAAGCAGAAGAGCUACUUAGCUUGCAAGCCGCGCUGAAGAGAAGAGAGGAAGAGCUCAACAGGGGUCUCAAGGAGAUGGUGGGGGAGAAAGAAACACUUGAACAGCAGUUACAGGUUAUCUCCAUGAACACUGAUAUUCUAGACUCUUGGGUUAGAGAGAACCAAGGCAAGACGAUGAAUUUAGUUGAUUUGGACGUGGAUAAGGCCUUUGAAUGUGGUGACACACUCUCCAAGCAGAUGUUAGAGUGUACUGCUUUGGAUUUAGCCAUUGAAGAUGCUAUCUAUGCCUUGGAUAAGUCGUUUCAAGAUGGGGUGGUUCCGUUUGAUCAGUACUUGAGGAAUGUGAGGCUGUUGUCGAGGGAACAGUUCUUCCACAGAGCCACGGCUUCUAAAGUUAGGGCUGCACAGAUGGAGGCUCAGGUUGCAGCUAUCGCAGGCAGGUUACAUUCCUAGUUAUUUUUGCUGGAUGCUGUGUCACAAUGCCUCUUUAUAUAGUCUAAGAUCAACGCCUUUGAGGAGGAUUAUGUGGCUAUAUUGUGAUGGUUCCUCUCUAAAGAUUUUGAACUAAAAAUGUGUAUAGACUAUAUAUACAUCUACAUAGCUGUGCACAUACAGAUUAAAAUGGAUCAAGCCUUUUCUACUUUGUCCAGUUUGGGAUUAGGAGUGUCAUCUCCUUUUGUGAUCUACGACUACUUUUUAAUGUUUUUGGGAUCUUUGUGAUGAACGUUAUUAUCUAAUGAAUCGAUUGGUUUCGGGAUU